AUGGACAUGGAUUUAGGGUCCAUUAGGUGUAUUAACCUGUGUGUCCUUUUACAAGAACUGACUGUAGUUCCAAAUGAAACUGACAGCCUCCUUUCAGAGACGUUUAUAGGAACUUCUAUCCAAAGAGUGUCAGUGGAUGGAUGUAAAGGUAGUGCCCUUGAGAAUGGACACUUGAGAGACCAGAACAAGGAUGGGAAGAGUGAAGGGCCUCAAACGCACCUGGGGACUCCUAUUCCAGACUACGAUGGUGACUGGCAUCCAUGUGGGGAGGUCUCUGAUCAAAGCGCCAGCCUCAUUACAUAUAAGAGUACACAUUUAGGAGAGAAUCACUCUAAAUAUGACGCAUGUGGGGAAAUACUUAACCAGUCCUCCAGUGCUGGUGAUCAGAAGAGGAUUCAUCUGGGAAAAAGCCCCUACACAUGUAAUGAACCUGGGAACAUACUUAGUCAGUCAUCAAGACUACAUAUCACUAAGACAAUCCAUGCUGGACAGAAAGGUUACGUUUGUAAGGAGUGUGGCAAAGCCUUCAACAGGCACUCGGCACUCAUUCAACAUCAGCGAGUGCACACUGGAGAGAAACCUUACGAAUGUGAAGAAGGUGGUAAAACCUUUAAUGAUGCCUCAUCAAUAAAUGUACGUAGACUAAUCCGUACAGGAGAGAAACCUUACACACACAAAAAAUGUGGGAUGGCCUUUCCCCAACACUCACCUCUUACCAAAUAUCACAGAACCCAUACUGGAGAGAAACCUUACCAAUGUAACGAAUGUGGUAAGUCCUUUACUCGCCAGUCAAGCCUUAACAUUCAUCACAGAAUCCAUACUGGAGAGAAACCCUACAAAUGUACGGAAUGUGGCAAGACCUUUAACAAUCCCUCACACCUUAGGAGACAUCACAGAAUCCAUACUGGAGAGAGACCCUACCAAUUUAGCCAUUCAGGCGAAGCCAUUCCUUUCCCCCAGGAGCCCCAGCAGGAACACUACAGAUACAGGUGGAUGGCAGUUUAUAUCCACGAAGCUGCCUUCUUCUACCGUCCACAGCUGAAUAUUCGGAUAGAUGUUAAUGUGAAGAACUCAGUAGAAGACUCUGGCUAG